AUGGAGGCCAAAUGCAAGGCACUUGAAGACAACAACAACCAGCUGGUGGAUGAAAACCAAAGAUUGAAACGACAGAAGAUGGAUGUGGGAAAAGAUAAAGAUGCAGACAUCCAAGCUGCAUUUCUCAAGGAGCAGGUGGAAUCUCAGAGCAAGAAACAUCUGAAAGAGAUACAAAAGCUGGAGCAGAAGUACAAUGAUCUGGAGGAAAAACAUCAGCUCCAGGGGGAGAAAUUAAUGCAGCUUCAGCGAAAGUAUCAAGAACCGGAGAACAUCCAGUAUGCACAGCUGGUGGAAAAACAUAAACAGCUGGAGCACAAACAUCAGAAAAUGGAGGAAAAGAUGCAUUCGGUAGUGGCAGAAAUGGAAGAAAAGUUGAAAAAUGCACACAUGACACUUGAAAUUGAAAACGAAUACAAGCAAUUUGCGAAAAACAAACAUCUAGAACAGAAAGAAGAACUGGAGCAGAAAUGCAAAGAGUUGGAGCUAAAGCACCAACAGUUGGAGAACACAAAUGCAGAAAUGCAGCAGGACAGGAUCAAAAAAGUGCAAGAAGAAAAUGAAAAGAUACAACAGGAGGAAAGAUAUGUGCAACUUGAAAAGGAGCAUAAAGAAGUGAAGUGCAGAAAUGUGGAACUGCUGGAGGAAAACCAUCAGCUCCAGAAGGAGAAAUUAAUGCAGCUUCAGCAAAUGCGUCAAGAGGUGGAGAUCAUAGAGAGUCAGUAUGCACAGGCACUGCUUCAGCUGGAAGUGGCAGAAAUAGAGGCAAAGUUGAAAGAUGCACAGAUGCAGAUGAAAACGGAAAUAGAAAAUGGAAAGAAAGACGUGGAGGCCACAAAUACUGAAAUGCACAAAGAAAUGAUGGAACAGCAGGAAAAAUACGUGCAUCUUGAAAAGGAGCACCAACAACCUGAAGAAAAGCUCCAAGCAUCGGGCGAAGAGUUCAACCAACUCCAGGAAAAGUAUGAAAAUAUUCAGGAGGAGAAUGUAACAGAUGUACAAGUGGAAAAGUUGGAGGAGAAAAACAGCGAGUUCAUUGAGCACCCAAAGAAAAAGAAAAAACGUUUCAGGCUCUUCAGGUUCAAGUCAGAUCAGGCGAAGGCUGAGGAAAAACGAAAGAAAGAUCAGAAAAAGAAGGAAAAAGAAGAAAAAAUGGACCAGGAACGGGGGAAAAGCCAGAGAAACAGAAAAAAUGUUUCUGGUCCUGAUUGGCUUUUUAGUUUUAGGAUGGAGGAGCUGAGGUCCAGCUCCCCUGUGCUUAAGUUGGACCUGAACAACUUCCACUCUCCCGGAGCAGAGAGCAGCCGGCAUGUCUUAACGAACCCUCGCUCGCUGGAGUCUUGCGCUCGGCUGGGUGUAAAACCGGUUCAGCUUCUAAUUAAAUCUCUAAAUGACUUCAUUGCUGAGCGACAGGACGCGCCGUUUGAGACAAUGAGAGUCAUGCAUGAAUCUUAUGAAAAGGAGAGGCUGAAGAUUUUACAAAAGUGCGGCCAGGAACGGCGGAGGAUUAUCCAGGCGGCCGGGGACAGGCGGCCAUGCAGCAGUAAAGCCUCAGGUUUGGAGGCGUUGCCUGACACUGGACUGGAAGAGCGCUGCUCAACAGAAAUGCCCUAUGCAGAUCUCUGCUCUGAAGAGAAGGCUGUUAGCAGGUCCUCCUGCUCUGCUCCUAGUAAAAGGGAUCCAGAGAGGAGCACAGUGUGCAGCUUCAAUCUGGGAGACCUCAUAUACUCCCCAGCUACCGAGAAGAAGCUGAAGAUGCUCACCAAGAACAUCCAAAAGCAGAUGUGUGUCACAGUAUCGGAGAGAGACCAGAAGAUAGCUGCUCUGAUGCUGGUGAAGCAUGAGGAGGAACAGGCUCGUUUGAAGCUCAGCCAGCAGGAGGAAUGGGAGCGACAGGAAGCCCGCAGGCAGGAGGCGGCCCAGCAAGUUCAGGCAGAAAUAAAGAGGAGGAAGAAGCUGAAGCAGAGUACGAAACGCUGGAAUGAGGAGCUGGAGGCCCGCAUGAGGCUGAGGGAGCGUCGAGAAAAAGAGAAAGCAGAACAGCUUAAGCAGGAGGUGCUGCUGCAAGAAGACCAAUGGAGAAGGCUAAAAGAGGAGGUGGAAGUGUAUCGCAGGGAAAAGAUGGAGGAUGCACAGAAGGAGGCGGAAGAGCGCAAACGCUACCAGGAGAAGCUGCUGAGGGAGAAGGAGGAGGCGGGGAAAAAGGAGCGAGAGAGGGAGAGACAGGUGGCAGCGGAGAAGGAGGAGAAGGCCCUGAGGAGCAAGAUGCUGAAGGAGAAGGGGGAGCGGAAGAGGCUGCAGGAGGAAAACCAUAAAGAGCUGCUGAGACACAUCUUGCUGAAACACCAGGUUGAGCUGCAGGGGGAGGAAGAGGAGGCGCAGAGGAGGAGCACACUGGAGAAGAAGUUGCAGCACUCCUGCCAAAGGCGCGCCAAGUCUGUAGAGGCACGACUCGAAGAGCUUCGGGAGCGGGCUGCCCGGGAGGAGGAGAUGAGUCAAAGAGUGCAGCUGAGGGCCGAGCUGCAGAGCGUCCAGCAGCUCACACACAAGCAGAUCCUGGUCCAGCUGAGCCAGAGACGCAUGGAGAGAGCCGCCCUGCACGCCUCAGCGCAGCACAGACGCAGAGCUCAGCAAACCCAGCAGCACAACAGACACAGGCAGCUCUGCCACCAGAGGCUCAGAGAGGAACUACAGAGAGAGGAGGAGGCGGCGAGGAGAGUCAGAGAGAGCCGCAUCUCCACAAAGGAGCGGAAGAGGGAGCGGCUGAGAAGGCAGCGAGAGCAGAUACAGGAGGAGGCACAGAGGCUGGCUCGGGCCUCCUUUCACAUGAGGGAGAGAGUGAGGCAGCAGACGCACAGCCGGACCUUUGAUCAGAUGGCGCUCGAGGCUCAGCUGACUGCGUCUUUAAACCGCAUGACUCUGUGAACUCUAUUCAGACUCGGUUUAGCACCUGUACGCUCACCCAGAGCUGCUUAGAAAAGGAUCUGCAAUGAAACAAUAGCUCCAGAGACUUCCAGAAAUACUGAGACACAUCAAUGUUCUCUGCACUUUGAAUGUAAAUGAAUUUAAAUUCAUUAUAAAUGGUCCCCGAGAUUCAAGGGCCCUUGAACAUCAUAUCAGAGCUGUUCUUACAAAAAUCAUUUUUGUCCAUUGUAAUCAGACACGUGAACAUUUGGAGAUUUUAAUAAUCCAAAAAGUCAACUUUUCAUUUGAUAGAGUGCAAUAGUUGGGAUACAGUUUCAAAGACUUCCAAACGGUUUCAUUUCAUUUUAUUUAGUUGAGGUUAACUGCUUAGAUCAGCAAGACCUCUGAGUGACCUCCUGUCAGGGUAGACUUUACAGGCGCCAUUGUGGCUCUUCAACCAUUUGUGUUCAGUACUUCACAACAGUGUAUUCAUUUAUAUUUUGACCCCUGGCUAGUUCUUAAGCCUGAGAUGAGAAAUACUGCUGUAUGAAAUUAAAAAUUUGACAUAUAGACAAUUUUUCUUUGUUUGAUCAUGUCGCAACACAAUAUAUGCAACCCACAUUCAACUAGUGACAGCAACUGUGUAAAGUUUUCAAAUAUAACCAUCAGGCACUUGAUGGCUAGAGCAUUUAGCUGUUAGUGGACUGCAAAUAAGAGGGGAGGGGAUAGUCUGCAGAGGCUGGAAAGGAGUCAAAGUGCAGUCCUACUGCAAUGCUCUGAAUGAGCUACGAGGACACGAGAGGCCAGAGUUAAUGUUUGCUAGACCACAGUGUUGCCCGUUUUCCUGUUAGUCUGACUACUGCUAGUCUGUUAUAAAAUCUUUAUGCCACUUGAAGCUUUUUAUCACAUGCAAGAUUGAAACAGAGCAACACUGUAUCACUUUAAUGCUAGACCAUAACAGAUGUUUGAUUUCACCAUUAGCAGCGUGAUCAUGUAUGCCAUAUUUUUAAUAAUUACAUGAAGUGUAAACAGGAGCACUUCCUGUAUUCAAAUGGGGGUUACAUGUAGGACAAAUCAUCAAAGAACUCCAAGGAACUCUCUUUUCAGACAGUAUUAAAGAAAUCUUUAUUCUCAUGGCAUGGUAUUCAACCUUAAAAUAAAAAACUCCCGCAAAUGAGCCCUGAUCAGGGAGUUCAUAAAAACACUUGAUUUUUUCUAGUGGUGUUCCACCAAUGGCAAGCUUCCACCGAGGAUCAGAGUGGAAUUUUCCACCAGUAGGAGAAACAGAAGUCCAAUAAGGAUCUAAACAGAAAUUGAUCAAUAUUUAUCAGACUGAAACAAAAAUUAAAUAAGCAACACUCGACAGCAUCAACCACAGACAGAAUGAAGGCAAUCCUUAAAGACAAAUAAGGUUUUUAAAAAAAUAAAUUAAAAAAAAAGUAGUUAAAAUCCAAGUCCUCGUUUGAAUCAGGGUAUUUGGUGGCAUGUCAUUUAUAAACCCCAAAACCUUCCUUUUGGAUAUACUCCUUUGUCAUGUCUUCUGUGGUCACUUCCAAAGGUUUGUAGUGCAGAUGGGUUACAUUUAUGGAAACCUAGAUGGUCUCUAACCUGUGCAUGUGUUUUCAUAUGGGUUCAUACAUGAACUGUGUUUAGAGCUUAAUGAAUAAAGGACAAAUUUAAGUGUAAAAUAUCUUAAUAUUGAAUUUUAAUUUCAUAGUUUUUCUAUAGUAAACCAAUCUCACGAUAUUCAGGGUAGCUGUUAAAAGGGGAGUUCUGCUCCACACGUUAAACAUAAGAAGUAAACAAGCUUUAGGUAAGUCGAUGCUGCAAUCUACAGCGUUGUGUGACGAAAACAAAAAAGAAUCAAGUAAAUAAAUAAGCCA